AUGAAUUUAAGCAAGAAUAUUGCAAUAAUUUGUAAACUACCGUCGCAUUUAACGAAGGUACGGCCUGCAGUUAUAGUUCAAACUCGGUUUUAUCCUCGACCUACAAGUUUCCCUGACUAUUUUCAAAACCCAAUAUUUAGGAAGGAAGAUCAAGCAACACUUGUUGAAAGUAAUGAGCUGAGUAAAAUUGCAACAGUACCGGUAAAGCCACCUACUGUCGCAGAAACUUCUUCUGUUUAUUAUGAUCCUCUAGUAAACAAAGUUAUAAACCACGUAAUGAAAAUGGGAAACAAGAAAUUGGCAAGAAGUUUGGUGGAAAAAGCAUUUGAAAAUAUUAAAAGAACACAAAUUGAACGCUAUCAUCUUGCAAAAACACCUGAAGAGAAAGCAAAAAUUGAAUUAAAUCCAAGAGAUAUCCUGCAUAGGGCUGUUGACAAUUCUAAACCUCUCCUACAGUUGCUACCCAUUAAAAGGGGUGGUAUUACCUACCAGGUGCCUGGCCCAAUCACUGAAAAGAGAUCCUUAUUUAUGGCCAUAAAAUGGUUGUUGGAAGCAACAAAUGACAAGGAGAGGACUGUUCAUUUUCCGGAACAGUUUGCCUGGGAGCUUUUAGAUGCUGCAAAUAAUACAGGAAAAGUUGUGAAAAGGAAACAAGAUCUUCACAGAUUAUGUGAAGCUAACAGAGCCUAUGCACAUUAUAGAUGGCAGUAG